AUGGCAGUUGGAAAGCAUACAACUACAUCGAUGAUCGGGCUCUCUCUUCUAUCAGCACCAGGACCUUCAUCCCUUCCAAAAGCCCGGGAGACUAUUGACGAGCGAGGAAGGGCAAUCUCUCAAGCCACAAAUGACCUUCCCGGUUCCCUCUUCUCUCCCGAAGAUGGAUCACAGCCAGCAAUGAUGCCGACGGAUCUCAAUGUGUCUAAGCCAAAAGCUGUGGCAGUCAUUAUCACUUUGGCUUGUGUGAGCUUCCUGAACACUAUGGGCUCAGGUAUUCUCAUAGCUGCCCUGCCUCGAAUCGCCAAAGAUGUUGGGAUACCCCAAGCACUGAUCCUCUGGCCGGCAGCUGUCUAUGCCCUUGCUGCUGGGUGCCUCCUCAUUAUAUUUGGAGCCAUUGCAGAUGUGGUUGGGGCAAAAUUGAUGUGGGUAGUGGGCAGCUUUCUCUUCGUCAUUUUCACUGUCGCAAUUGGCGUGGCGAAGACGGGUAUUCAGAUCAUUAUCUUUCGCACUUUCGCCGGUGCUGCGAUAUCCAUGUGUCUGCCGACGGCAGUUAGCCUCAUUACCAACACUUUCCCCAAGGGCUCCUGGCGCAACUUUGCAUUUGCAAUGAAUGGGAUGGGUCAGCCUCUUGGAUAUGCUGUUGGUCUGGUGUUGGGAGGAAUAUUCACGGACACCAUUGGCUGGCGGUGGGCCUAUUAUAUGAUGGCAUUGAUCAACAUCUGUCUUUCUCUGGUAUCUAUUUGGUCAUUGCCAUCUAUCCAUAAGAACUCGGAUGCAAGGAAACCGUGGACACGCCGUCUUCUGGAAGAUAUUGACUGGCUUGGUGCUGUUAUUAUUAGCGGUGCUCUUGGAGUGUUGUUCUUCCAACAAGUCGAAGAGCUUUCUGCUCUACAAAGCUCGCUCCGCUUUCUUGCCCACGUUAUCAUGGGCGUAUCAGCCAACAUUGCUACGGCCUACCUCAUCUCCCGGGUUAAAGUGCGAACUCUCGCCGUCGUCUCUGCCCUAGCAACCAUGAUUGCCCCCAUUCUGAUGGCCACGGUUGAAGUGAAAGAAAACUAUUGGUUCCGCCCAUUCUGGGCUUUGUUUCUCUCCCCCGUAAAUCCCGACGUUCUCUUCACUAUAUCCAACCUUGUGAUUUCAGAUGCAUUCCCAGCUGAAAUCCAAUCCCUUGCUGGCGGCGUCUUCAAUGAAGUUGCUCAAUUCGGCAACUCUGUUGGUCUGGCUGUAACGGCUUCAAUCGCCGCCUCUGUCACCGAGCAUUCUGGUAUACUUGAAUAUCGGGCAGCGCUCAUGAAAGGAUACCGCGCGUCUUUCUGGACGAUCUUCGUAGCCACGGCAUUUGUGGUAGUUGUUUCGUUCUUUGGCCUGAAGAAGGGCGGAACGGUGGGUAAAAAGGAGGAAUAA